AUGAAAGCAAAAGAGUUUGUCGCCUUUGGCAAAAAGAUCGUCGCCAUCGGGAAGAACUACGAGGCCCAUGCGCGCGAGAUGGGGGGCACUACGACUCGGAAUAGUCCCGUGCUUUUCCUGAAACCCACGACCAGCUAUGUACGCAAUGGCAACAACGUGCUGCUCCCCCUGGCAUUGGGGAAGUGCAUCACGAAGUGGAGCUCGGUGUGGUGA